GGAUGACAAUGAAAUCUUGAUGCACGGCUCAGCAACACACACACACAGCUCAGUAUCAGCCUCCGGCAGCCAGUGUGCACAAUGAAUGCGGCGGAGAAUGGGACCGAAUAUUAUGACUAUGAUCUCGACUGCAAUGAAACAAACUGGGUCUUCACCAGUGGAUCUGUGCUCAUCCCUGUUCUUUACUACAUGUUGUUCUUUGUGGGCCUAAUGGGAAAUGCUAUAGUUCUCUGGGUUCUCCUCCAGUACACAAAGAUAAGGACUAUGACUGAUGUGUUUCUUCUAAACCUGGUCCUAUCUGACCUUUUAAUGGCUGUGUCUCUUCCUGUCUGGCUCCACGUUGCCCAGAGCCUUCCAUCCUGCAAACUGGCUACAGGAUUCUAUCAAUUGGGUUUCUACAGCGGGACGUUCUUUGUAACCACAAUGAGCGUGGACCGCUACCUCGCCAUCGUCCACGCUGUGGCGGCCAUGCGAAAACGGACCCUUCGCUACGGACUCAUCGCCAGCGUCACCAUCUGGGUCACAUCUAUGGUCUUGGCAGCCCCACAAGUGGUCUUUGCCAGCUUAGAGUCGCUGGACAAUGAAAGCUUCCAGUGCCAUGCCAUCUACCCAGAGGAAACCAAUGAGUCGUGGAAAAUGCAGCGAAAUUUCACAGAGAACGUGGUGGCCCUUUUUCUCUGUCUUCCUGUCAUUAUUUUUUGCUACGUGAAUAUCCUCAUAGUCGUCUCCAAAAGCAGGAAUUCCAAAAGGGACAAAGCAAUCAAGCUGAUUUUCACUGUGGUGUGUCUGUUUGUGCUGUGCUGGGUGCCCUACAACAUCGUAGUCUUCCUGAAGACACUGCAACUGAUGUCUGAAUACCUAAACAACUGCGAGUCGUCACAGGCCAUUGACACAGCCAUGCUCUUUGCCGAGAUCAUUGCUAUGUGUCACUGCUGCCUAAAUCCAGUCAUCUACGCAUUCGUCGGGGAGAAGUUCAGGAAGACGUUAGCCAAAGUGCUUUCCAAGUAUUUCCGUUGGAAUUACCAGAGCACCAGCCAAACCACAGACAACGAGACCUCCAACACACCUGUACGAUCAGAUUAUUGAAACUGGGUCAUCCUUGUGAUCGUGCAGUGCUUCUGUUUCUCUGCACUGAGAGACUAAAUAGAUAAAGAUGCGUGCGCGUGUGUGUAAGACAGCAUGGUGGCAGUGGUUAUGGCGGAGGGGGAGGGCACACACGCGGUUUCAGUUUGCAAAGGUUUUGGCGCAUGUAUCGAGUUCUUCCUUGUCACAUGUAAGGUGAUGACUCAUUUGGAAAAUGCGCAAGAAUUACCUGAAACAUUUAAAUGCAAACUCCAAACAACCCAUGUCUUUCUGUCGUUCUGUUCAGCAUUUAACAAGAAGUACAAAGAGCAGAUACAAAAAAUUAAUCACUUUUUUAUGUAUAUAUAGAGAGAUAUAUGUAGUUUGAAUGUACAAGAAGACCAUCAAGAUUAGAUAAGAAUGCUUUUCUAUUUUUUUUAUAAAUUCUGCUGUUUGUGAAUACCAAAAUGUAUUACAUUGUGUUGUUGGUGUUUUUUGUCAGCUUCUUAUUCAAUAAAUGUCAAAUGCCUUUCGCCCACAGAGUCUUUCAAGAUCUUGAUGUCUUUGAAAAGCUCUUUCUGUAUCAUAAAUGUAGUUCAAACUUUUCCAAAAUCUUCAACUAUUGAGCAUCUUACGUCUUAAACUGGUUCAUCAUGUUUUAGAUGAGCCAGCAAGUGACCUGUUUCAAAAAAUUUCAAGUACUUCAUAAUGAUUCAAAGAUUAGUUUUUUCUCGAAUUUAUCAGGGGUAAAAUUUAUUCAAGCUGAACCACAACCUAAUCUUGUGUGAAAAAGUAAUUGACUCCUAAACCAUGCCACCAUGGCAACAAACAACUGCUAUCAAGCAGCAGUGAUUUGGGUUUCUGUGUGUUUAGGUUUCUGUGGAGUCUCUGUGUUGUCCCGUCUGCCUCUUGAUUGAGUGCAGCUGUUCCUUGUUUCCCCUGAUUGUCUCCCACCUGCGUUCCUUGUUCCUUGUCGGGUUCUCAUCUUGAUGUGUCUCAUUGGUCGUCGGAAAUCUUGUUUUCCAGUUGCUACCAGUUUUGAGCCUCAGCCUUGUACUCAACCUGUGCUGCCUGAAUUUUUGGACUUGUACUCAUUUCAUCAUUAAACUCAUCAUUUCUUCACUCCAACUUGGGUCAUCGGUGUCAUCCUCACCACUUCCUCACUGCUAAU